AGUAGAUUUAUUUUUAGUUCAAUUCCAUAAUGUUUAGUUCUUUUUAGGAUAUAUAUAUUGUUUGUUCCUGCUACAGUAAGCACAAUUAACAGCAGCAAUAGAUCAAACUUCACAGAAGCAUCGCCUAACUGCUCCACUUUCUCAGUCCAGUGGAACAAAGGGAAUGACAAUACAACUUUAAGCUGCCAUGCAUAUUCUGGAUCUGUUUGUAAGGAUUUUUUGGCUCUGUGGCAUGAAUGUGCUGUGAUACAGAAGGAAGGAAGCAUUAAUCUAAAAUUUGAUAUUAACAUAACAGGGGAAAAGCAGAUGGAACAUGAAAGGAUGUUGAAUGCCCUGAGUGGCUUUAUGGUUCAUUUUGAAAGCUGUGCUCAAGUGGCGUUACCUUUCCUUUGUCAAUAUAUGUUUCCUCUGAGCGACUGCUCAACAGGAACAAGUUAUUCAGCUACUAGAGAUGAUUGUCUUAUGAUAAGUGAAGGAGUGUGUGCUGAUGUAUGGGACUUGGGACUAAGAUUCGAUUAUAAUUUGCCUAACUGUGAUAAAUUACCUAAAGCUAAUGUAGCUCCUAUGUUAUCAACAAACCUCUCUACUUCCAUAAAUGAGAGCAUGACAGAUGACAUCACUUGCAGAGAUGACUUUGUUAAAACUAACCUGAUCUGUGAACCAAGAUGUGACAGAUUUGAACAAUCACCCCAUACUGAAAUACUAAUUAUGAUAGGUUCAGAAAUGACUGCUGCCAUCAUUGCUCUCAUACUGUCAAUUGCAACAAUAAUUUUGUUCAUCAAGGACUACAAGAAAAUGUUCAAAUAUCCUUCCAUAUUGAUUUUUUUCCAAGAUAUUGAUAUCAUCAUUAUAUCAUCAAUAGUUAUCUUGCAAACCUCUAAUAGAGAUGGGUUGUACUGCAGUUCAGUGAGUUUAUUGGAAACAUUAAAUAAUCCAACUCCUUUUUGUCAGUAUGGAGGAGCUCUAUUUCAUUACUCAAUCAUAAACAUUAUUCUCUGGUGGUUCUUUCACGUGGCAAUAUUCUUUCACAAAGUAAUGUUUCCCUUUCAAGCAAACAGAAUUGAAAAAUUAGGUCAAGACAAGUACAUACUUGCUAUAGUCAUUAUCUGUAGUAUGUUGGUUCCAUUACCAGCUGUUAUCAUUGGUCUUUCACUGGACAAAGUACAAUAUAAUCUUCAAAGAUUUCCUGCUAGUAUUUGCACAACAAGCAGCAGUGAGAUGUGGUUCUAUUCAAGUAUUCUACCCAUUGAUCUUUUUGUUGGUACUGGUGUGGUUAUGCUGAUUGUAGCAAUGUGGAAUAUUAGGAAAAAAUCCAAGCUCCAUAAAACCCCUCAACUAAGCACAGCUGAAAAAAAGAUUGUCUUAGUCUUUACUUCAGUGACAUUGUUUAGUACAUUCUCUUUAGGAUACACCAGUGAUGCUAUUGCAAAAUCCCAUAUAUUCAGGGCUGCUUUAACACUGUACUUUGAAUGUGAAGCUUUUGGUCAUGUUCCUGGCCAGUGUGACAGAAAAGGAUUUGAGAAGAUAUACAGUCCUGUCGUUGGUGCUGUUGCACACUUUUUAAUGGGUGUUGUAUCCCUUAGCAUUCUUAACUUUGUUGUGAAGUGGCAAAAAUUGAAAGCAAUCGGAGGAAAAGUUUUGUCCUUCUCAAAAUAUAAUUUUUCAAAAAUAACACAUUCAAUUACUACAGAAAUUUCUGUUUGAAUUGUUAUUCCUUAAUUCAAAACUUUGCUGACUAAAAAUUUGUGUGGGUAUGCUAUCAUGUUUUAAAAUUUUUUGUGUUCU